AUGGCAAUAAUCACACUCUCGGAGCCAAAAAAUGUGGAUGGAGGUCCAAAAUAUCGAUAUAUAUAUAACGGAAAUGUAAGUAAUGGAAACUGGAGCGGAAAUGUAAAUAAUUCUCCCGCAACAACUACCACCACAAACAUUCCAAUUCCAACAACAGCACAACCCACAGCUCCAUCUCAAAUACCACAACCUUCUCCAUCUCAACUAUUAUUACCACCAACAGCACAACUACAAUCUUCAUCUCCAAAACUUUCUUCCUCACCUCAACAAACACAAUCUUCAUCUCAGCAACCGCCAUCAACAACACAAACAAUAUCUCAGUAUAGUCAGAAUGGUGAUGGUAAUAGUGGUGGUCAACAAUCACUACCACCACCAUCAUUGCCAUCAACAGUACAACCUUUAGCUGGAGAUCGGCCUGUAGGCAACAUUCCCGCAGUUACUAAUAACCCUAUUAGUUAUGGAAAUACAAUUACAGGCAACAGUCCCACAAUUCCUAAUAAAUCAAUUAGUAUUGCAAAUCCAAUCAAUCUAUCUCCUACAUCUAGUACAAAUGCAAAUCAAAGUUCAAAUUUAUCGAAUAUUCUUCCAGAACUUCCUUCACCUACUCAUAGUGCACCAAGUCCACCAUAUACAAAUUCCCUAGCAAGUCCUACAUAUCCAUCUAACCAACAAACUAGCGGGAAUGGAAGCAUUUCAAAUUCACCAACGGACCAACUUAGCACGCUUGCACAGUCAAACAGUAACGGCAAUUAUCAUAAUACAGUAAGCUCACUUACAGAGUCGAGUAACAUCAUACGCACUCCUAAUUCAAUAAUUUUAGUUGUACCGCCAAGCAGUAACAACAACUCUCUUAGUAGACAACUGAAAGUUCAAGUGAUAAUACAAAUUCAAGCAAAGCUUCGAGUUCGAGUGUUUCGACGAAAUCAACAAGUAAAACAUCUGCAACAACUACAGAAAAUAGUACAAGUAGUCCCUCACCCAAUACUGGAUCUUUUCCAAAUGUUAACAGAAAUUCAGAAGUUAUAUUAA